CCGAGCGGGGCCGAGGCUGCCGAGCGGGGCCGAGGCUGCCGAGCGGGGCCGCCCCGGCCCGCGGGCAUGGACGAGGACGGGCUGCCCAUCGUGGGCUCCGGCAUUGACCUCACCAAGGUUCCUGCUAUUCAGCAGAAAAGAACUGUAGCAUUUCUAAACCAGUUUGUGGUACACACAGUGCAGUUUCUCAACCGCUUUUCUACUGUUUGUGAAGAGAAAUUGUCAGCGCUCUCUCUCCGUAUCCAACAAAUUGAAACCACGCUCAAUAUUCUGGAUGCAAAGUUAUCCUCAAUUCCUGGCCUAGAAGAUGUCAAAUUUGAAGUGUCCAGUGCAAAUGUGAACGGUGUUACAAAUGGUCCCGUGGCACAGGCUGCUGCAGAUCAACAGACAGCUGGAUCACCUCAUUCUGGACAGAACAAUACACAAGAAGAAGGGUUACAGAAAACGGAGGUAGUAACAGAAAAUGUCACAACUGUGGCCAAGGACCCAAGAUAUGCCAGAUAUCUCAAAAUGGUACAAGUGGGUGUUCCUGUAAUGGCAAUACGAAACAAAAUGAUUUCUGAGGGGCUAAAUCCAGAUCUUCUUGAGACCCCAGAUGCCCCUGUUCCUGCCUGGGGAGAUGAUGGCAAAGCAGAAGACAGUUCUGAUAGUGAAUCUUCAUUCAGUGACUGAAGAGAUUGAUUCCAGCCUUUGGAAACCUUUGCUAAGUGCUCAUGUGUUUGGAGUUUGGCAGACAGUAGUUUUGUGUGCAUCACAGGGUGACUUGGUUUAUCUGAUGGCAUUUCAAAGAACUAAGAUCCUCCAUGUUCUCUUCUGGAAAGUUUGAACAGGCAGCCUGUUUCAACCUGAACCCUUUUCCCAUGAAAAUGAAUCAUGAGAUCCUUGCAGUUUUUAUGCUGCAUCAUGUCAGAUUUGUUUCUGAUUCCGCUGAAAUUACUUUGUAGAGAUCUAAGAAUUCCACACCUCUGAACCUCCAUGUCUCUAAAACUCCAUUCUGGUCAUUGUUAGAUUUUCUGUGUAACACAUUUAACCUGCGUUGCCUUCUUUCUGCCCCAUAAUUUAAAGGUAAAUUAAUUUUGGAAAAUGAAAGUAUUUCAUUCAUGAACUGUACUUUUUUAUCAAUAUCCUGUAUCUGCAGUGAUGCAACGAAAAUUACAUACAUCAGCUCUCUUAUGGUGAUUGCAAAUUAAUGAUACUCAGAUUUGAGAAAAACUAAAGCACACAAAAUAUAAAUAUAUAUUAAAAAUAUAUUAAUUUAAAAUUAAAAAUAUCUUAAAAUUUAAAAAUAUAUUAAAACCCAUUUUGAAUCUAUUUUCAAAGCAUAUACUGCUAUUCACUGCCACAUUCGAGUCUGUAUGAAGCUGAUAAAGGAACUCCUUGAUUUAUCCAAUUCAGGUUGUGGUGUUGUAGAAAGGUACAAACAUGGCAAGGUUGGUUUGAAAAUGACAUUGGGAAAAAAGGAAGGGACUGGGAGAUUAUUAAUGGAAUCUCACUACUUGUUCACUGUUAUGUGGGGCAGUUGAAAUAAAUUUCUGACUUCAUUUGCCAUACUAGAAAGAGGCUGUGGCUGAGCAGUUUGCUUAGGAUGAGAAAUCACCUCCAACUUGGUGCCUUUGCUGAUAAUUUCAGCAAAAAAGCUAAAAUUCAGUUUUUAUAAGGAUAAAUCUACCUUAGCACCUCUUGAGGCAUGCAGUAAGGAACAAUAUAAAGAAAUGCCUUAUGUACCCUGAAGAUUCCCCUCAAAAUUACUUGAUGUACUCCAUGACUCAAAAAUGAUGUUUCAUUAAGAAUCUUCUUUAAUACAAUUUGUUCCACAUGAAAUCCUUCACAAUCUGUUUGAAUUCCCCAGAUUGUUGUGAUGAUACUGGAAUGCUGUGUGCCAAGCUGUCAUUAACUUCCUGGUAUUUCACAUUCUUGCUGUGACUAAGAGAAGACUAAAACUGAAGCUCCAAGUAAAGUUUGUUAGCCUUUAUAACUGAGUCAAUACCUUCUGUCUUAGUUAUUUGUGCCACUUCAGUAGGUUACCUGCUUUUUUUUUUUUUUUUUUUUUUUUGUAACUUAAGCAUGGUUCACAUUUAAGCCUAGCAGAUAUAUUUAUGCUCUCCAUAACCUGUAAAUCAGAGUAAUGCCUGAAUCCCUACAAAAGCAUAUAUGCACUAGAGAAUGUCUAGAGAUGGCAUUUCAGUGAUGCGUUAAUUACUGUUGAACACUUAAAAUGUACUUAAUAGUUAACACUUGGUAAAACAUGAAAAUUAUUAACAUAUUAGCAAUAAGUAUUUCUAAUGUAAAUGUGAUAAUGGUAUUUCAGAAUGUAUAUAUUGAAACACUCAUUUUUAAAAUCUAUAUUUGAAAACUCAUUUAAGCAAUCUGUAUAAUAAAAGGUAUACUUUGUAAACCAAA